AUGUUUCCCUGCUUUCACAAGAAGAGCUUCCUGUCUAGUGUGGAAAGCGGCAAGCUACAGGAUGAAUCACCAACCUUGGUUUACGCAAUUUGCUGUAUAGCAGCCAGAUUCCAUCCUGACAAUGCGGUAAAAAAGCGUUCCAAAGACUGGUACGAGCAAGCAAAGUUCUCCUAUAACCUCACCUGCCAAAAGCCCGAACCAACUCUACGCACCGUCCAGUCUGUGAUACUCCUUAUGUUCCAUGCUUGGACUGCAUGCGACUUUUCUUCCAGCUGGUUGUUCCUAGGAAAAGCAUGGCGACAGGCUGUUGUUCUUGGUCUAAAUGUAGAGGCGGAUCAUCUGAAAACACGUCGGCCCAAUAUGCAUGAAGAGAGGACGUCAGUCGCUAAAGAAGAGCUUCGGCGAGCUUUAUGGCUGCUUUUCAUGUUGGAUCGAAUAAACUCUUGGGCGACGGGCUGGCAGACCGCUAUACCCGAGACGCAGUUCAAAGUCGACUUGUUGAAACCUGAAUCGGUCUUUCAAGCCAUGGAUCCAGAAUCGGAUACGCUUCAUCAUUCCAAUACGCCAUUUACGCGGAAUCUUUCUGAUCUGAUAUGUUCAUCGUCGUCCGCAAAAGAGCCUCUCAAUGUGCUACACUACCUAGCAAUUGCGCAUGUCCUGCUCGGCCGAGUAUCUGAGUUGAUACAUUCCCUACACAGCGCGCCCGACUCCCCCGAGUAUGCAGAAGAAUGCGCCAAGCUGGACAGCCUGAUUAUUAAAUUCCGACUCAGCCUGCCCCGUCGAGCGAGUUCAGUACUAACAGCACCGCCAGCAGAUCGUCAGCAGGUGGUAUGGCUGCUAAUUACCUUGAAUGCCAUGACUUUGAUACUGCAUUAUAGCUGUGAGGCACAGGGUUCGAUUUCGAGUCCAUCUUCCCCGUUCAGCCUUGCUGUCAUUGCGGCUCGAAACGUCGCACAGAUAGUCAAAGAUGCAUCGCGCAUUUCGGUUGAUCUACUACUCUCCCCGUAUAUAGGGUCAUCUUUGUACGUUUCGGCAUGCGUGCUUGUUAUCCAGUGGCGCCAAAGCGGCGAUCAAAGUGUCAAAGACGAAAUCGACCUGAUUACUUUAGUAUUCGAGCGCAUGCAUGAAGACGAGAGCUUUCUCGGCCAAAAGCUUAAAUCUGCGGUCGAAAACGACAUGAAGAAGAGUCAAGAGGAACUACGAAACUUACAAAAGCGAGGUUUCAGAGGCCUGGUGGCAGACUGUAAAGUAUCAGAUCGUGUCAGGCAGGAAGUACAAUACAGGGGACUGGAAAUCAGCAUAGAUUAA